CAUCAGCUCAUUGUAAGCGUAAUAAGGAUAAAAUUGGCUGUAUAACCGAGAGAUUGAGUUUGGGUUUGCGUAACUCAGCACUUACCCACAAGACACUUUGCCGAAUUGGGGCCUUCGUUAACUGGAUGCACCGGAGUGCAAACUGGAGGGGUGUGGUCAGGGUGUAUAUAUUUCGCCGGAGACAAGAAAUUGCAUUCAGUUUCAAACUCUGUUUCAAAAGUAUUAUUACAUAUAACCCCACAAUCGAAAAAAUGGCUUUUAAGUUCAUCAGUCUAUUGGCUCUAGUAGCUGCAGCUAACGCUGGUUUUGCACCAGCUGGUUAUCAUGCGCCAUUGGCUUACGCAGCACCUGCGGCGUACGCAGUCCCAGCAGUAGCUAAAGUUGCGACACCAGUAUUGGCCAAAACUAUUGAAGAUAAUUACGAUCCUCAUCCACAGUACAGCUACUCGUACGAUGUCCAAGAUUCCAUAACUGGGGACAACAAACAACAGUACGAAUCCCGCAAUGGCGACUCUGUCCAAGGCAGCUACUCACUUCUUGAAGCCGAUGGCUCUCGUCGUAUUGUUGACUACACUGCUGAUGCGAUCAAUGGAUUCAAUGCCGUUGUCCGUAAAGAACCCGCUCAAGUUGCUGUCAAAGCUGUUCAUGCUGCUCCAGUUGUUCAUGCUGCACCUUUGGUACACGCAGCCCCUGCACCAAUCGCCUAUGCUGCUCCUGUGGCCAAACUUUACCACUAAACAUUAAGACUAGAAAAAUGAAUACUGUAAAAACUGAUUGUUAGUUUUUUUAAUUUUUUUGAU